UUCAUCACUGAGAGAAUGUUAAUUGCCCGAAACACUGCUGCAGCACACUGGAGUAAUGAAGUGAUUAAAUCAUCCUUUUUGAAUGGAGGGUUAAAAGCUCUUCUCCCCAUCCCCCGCCUCCUCAUCAAGCCCACCUCACAGCACAGUCGAUACACCUCCUACAGCGUAGCUGUGCUGAAAGCUUAAGAAAUGUAAGCAGCAUUUGCAUAUCUCUUUCACAGCCAGCACUGCACAGCUCAGCACAGACAAACGCGCACACAGGUGCUCCAGCUUCACAAAGGGAGACGAGGCACAGCCUGACAAGGGAAAGCACAUUGCUCUGGAAUGGAAUGGAAUCUCAGAAGAAUGGACAGUGAACUGAAGCACAUGAAUCCUGAUCUGCUUCAACCAAGCAAAAGCUUUAAGAAGCCGUCGUCUUUCACCAUUACCCUCAAUAUAGGGGGCUACCUCUAUGUCACCCAAAAGCAGACUUUAUCGAAAUACCCGGGCUCUUUGCUGGAAGAGAUCAUCAGUGGAAAAAAGCCAGUUUUGCAUGUGGAUGCAGUCGGCAACACCUUUAUUGACAGAGAUGGUCCUCUCUUUCGCCACAUCUUGAACUUCCUGCGCAUUGGGGAGCUCCUCCUGCCCGAAGACUUUAAAGAGUUCAGCCUGUUGAUUCGUGAGGCAGAGUUCUACCGGUUAGGGGAGCUUGCCGAAGCCGUGAAAGACUGCGAGCAGCAGCAGGCGACACUGAGAGAGCCAGCCUUCCUGGAGGUGACGGACAGCCACGAGCGCUCCCAGGGCCUCAAAGUCUUCUGCAGCGAUUCGCAUUUCAUCGACAAGGUCAAGAGCCGCCUGGUGCAGGUCUCCAAAAGCAGGCUGGACGGCUUUCCCGAAGAGUUCAUCGUGUCUUCCAACGUGAUCCAGUUCCGGCACUUCAUCAAGUCGGAGAUGGGGUCACGGCUGGUGCUGAAGGAGGACAACACGUUCCUGUGCACCCUGGAGACCCUCAAGCUGGAGACUGUCAUGCUGGCCCUACGAGGCGGCUACCGCCUGCUCACCAGCCUCGACAGCUCCCGUGGCUCCGUCGUGCACUGCGAGGCGCUGCACUUCGUCAAGUGACUGCGCGGCGAGGAACGCCAGCCUGCGUCGGCGAGAGCACACAGCCCCUUAGCAGGAUCCCUUCUUAACUCGCAGAUUCUGCUUCAGAUGUUGUUCAUCGCUACCAACGAGCUGUCUUCACACCACAGUUCGGGAUGACAUGGAAUUGGUGUGCAUUUCUGUCUCUGUUUCAUUUCUUUCACAUCACCCAAGGCUUUCAGUUGCUGGUAUCUUAGUGAAUGACGCUGUUUUGUGCUACAUCAGGCUGUUCAACGACUUGGAUUAACUAUCUCCUUGCCAGGCAUACACCGUACUUCUUCCAAUUAUGGCAGAACAGAACGAGUAAAUGAUUCAAGGAUUGUCCUAUACUUCUUAUCCACCACCUAAAUGGCUUGAUAAUCAUUCAAUUCUCUGAAACAAGCAAUGAGGUUCUUCCCUGAAGAAUUAAAUCAUUUGGACAUUUGAAUGCUUUACUUAAAUAGGUGUGAAAUGUAUCAGAUCUUGUGCUGUGUAAAGAAAAAAAAUGACAUACUGGAAGUGUUUUGGAAGAUGUCUGUAACUGCAAUAUGAAGUUAUAUUUGCCAUAUCAAAAUGUUGUUACAUAUCUGAAGUAAUGCAAAUGCUGUAUUAGAUAGAAUGAACGAUUUUGUUUUUCGUGAAAUUAUAGGUUAUUGCAUGCAAAAAGCUCAUUUAUGAUUUGUAUCUAAAGCUUACUGUUUAUGUUGUUUGUUACACUGAACUUCAAAAUUGAUAUUAAUCUGUGUAGAGAUCAGUUAACUUAUAAUGAAAAAGUGACAGUCACAUCAAUUAAUUAAAACAUCUCCUAUUCAAGAAACGCCAGGUAAAAUUUUUUAGAAAUUGAGGAAUGCAGGAUGUAUUAAUACCAUGGAGUACCAAUAGACUGGCUUCUACAAAGUGUUAAAAGCAUUUUUGAAGUUGUUCAGGCAGAUGCUGGGAUGGGUUAUUCAUCUGGGUUUUCAAAUGUAAUCAACAGUACAGACACAGGAAUGAAACGGAUUACAUUUUCAUCUAAUUAUCAUUUCUGCUCUCAUGAGCCUGAAAAAAAAUAUUUUAACUUUUUUAUAUGAUCAUUAGAGCCGGCUGGAUCUUUUGAGGGACCAAUCAGUUUUUCCAGGUGGUUUUUUUUUUCUUCUUUAGAAGGAAUGUGUUUGUAAGGAUAAAGAAAAAAUGCAUUUCUGAGGUUAGUUCUGCAUAAUUAUAGUUACUUGCCAGAAGUGUACCUUACUUUACAAUAAAGCUGUACAUGGCUCCCUGCAGCUCUAACGAGAUCAUUACCAAGUUAAACUGGAAAAUGAAAAUGUUCUUUUGUGUAAGCCUACAAUGAAGAAUAAAUAUCUGUCAAAGCAGAUCUUAAAA